ACGGCUCAACGCGCAAGUCAACCGCGUCGUCUCACUCUCGGCAGUUAUAAAGAGACGGUGGCUCACGGGUUUUUUUUUUUUUUGUUUGGUACCAAUACCGCCGUCCGCCAUUUUUUCUCCAUUUAUCGAUGGGUGCGCAAAGUGCGGGCGUGUGAUACCAUAACGCCUAUAAUAGUGUACCAUCCGCGGUCGUAAUCAUAACAUAUUUUUACUCAUAUCGCGGCGUGAUAAUGAUCGAAAUAAUUAUAAUAAUAUUAUAAUGCAAUGCCGUAGCAGCCACUCGGUCGAGUUGGGUCUGUUUUGCUCAUAAUCAGCAAACGACGAUCGGACAUCAAUGCACGCUUAAUUUUUGUCGUUGAUAAAUUUUUUUUUUUGCUCUCUCGAGUUAUUAUUAUUAGUUUACGGCUACAUAUAAUGACGAUAUUAUACUGCUGUUAUUAUAAUAAUAAUAAUGAGUGGUAUUUAAACAUUAAUAAAUAGGCUAAAGUUGAAUAUUGAAAAUAACACCAAAAAACUGGUUUUGCAAACGACGAGGAAAAAAAAAAUUCAUCAUGACCACCGCCGUCGAUGUAAACAUGGAGGAAUCGACAGAAAACGAAAAGGAAAAAACAAAAGAACUGGAUGAAGCUCACAAAAUAUUUAAAAAAAUUUAUUCAAAAGCUCCAGUGAUUUUGAAAAAUUUAAAAGACGAAUCUAUCGAUAUUGAUUUCAAAGAAAGUAUUGGCAACGAUAUAGACUUGUUACAGAUUGAAAUCAAACUAAAAGAAGAAAAGUACGAAUCGUUGGCAGACGUAGUUAUGGAUAUAAGACAUGUUUUUUUGAACUGUUAUAAAUAUUUUGGGUGUAAAAAUGAAAAUACUUCAAAAACGUUAGAGCUCGAAGAAAUAUUGGACAAAAGCAUUAGUUGUCUGGACGAAAGGCUUCGGCUUUUGGCAGACGUUCAACAUGCGAUAGACGCAUUUGAAUUGGAUAAUAAAUCAAAUUACAAAUAUAGAUAUCCUAAAGAUUGUUAUGAUUCUGUACUGCUCAGAAGUGUUGCUCAUUGUCGCCCAGAGCGAUUAAAAGAGUACCACAAAGUUCUGUCUAACACUCUCACCACCGACGAGGAUAGUGCUACACUGUUAGGAGAACUACUUAAAUGGGAAAACGAAGUCAGUUUUAACGAACAUUACAGUUAUAUUAGCUCAAUGUGGGAGUUGCCAGAAAUAGGAGACUUUCUAUCAAUUUUGUUUAGAGAAUACGAUUUUGAAAUCAUUAAUCAAGGUGAAAUUGAAAGAAUGUUUUUAAUGCCUAAAGAGUCAACCGCGAUGGGCAAAAUAAUGACAACGUUGCUUAUGCCCAUAAGAAAGUCGAAAUAUAUCAACAAAAUAAUGCCGUACAAAGUAUGGUCGGAAAAGUUGUCAAAAAAAGUAUCCGAGUGGUUCAAAGUUUAUCAUUCAAAGAAACGAAACAAAGUAAAUGUUUUCAAGUCGUUGGGUAUUCAUGCAGACUUUUGGGCCGUCAUUGGCGAUAAAAACCCAUUAGUCGAUUAUGAUUAUUGUGAAUUGUCGUACUUAAUGAAAGUUUGGCUCGUGAAAGGACUCUGUGAUUAUUCGACUAACAAACAUAAAAGGGUAAGUGAUAUUAUACUGAAUUGCAACGAACGGCAAUGUACAAUUUGGAAAAACGAAAUGGAAACUGAAGAAUAUUUCUACUUGAAUAAUAUGCCAGACCUAAGAUUGUAUUAUUCUCAUAUAUCGUAUGAUGAGCCUGACUUUGAAUUUCUGAAAGUAGAAGAAGUGGACGAAGAAGACAAGGAAGGCGCAACCUCGAUUAUAUCCGGUGUUCGUAGUAUAUACCGUCCAAGGUCCCGCGUCAAGCCGAACGGGAACAAUUUUAAACUAUUAGCAGACUCUGUUCAAGGUAUCCGUACUUUUGUUGAGGAUCUCAUUAAAGAAGACAAACCCGAAACCGAAAGCCUGAUAAAUUCCCUAGAAGAUUUCAUCGAUAAGGUCGAACCAGAGGAAUGCAAUUUCAUUGUUUUAAAUAACAAUUCAAAAAUAAAACUAUUUAAAGACUGGAAAUCGUAUACCGAAAGAUCGCAGAACGUUGUUGAUGAAGUACUUUUUUGGGAAGAGAAAGAAAACAAACAUUCUAAGCUCGAUUUAGUUACCAGCGAGGAAAUAAUAUUAGAGAAGCGCAAAAGGCGAGCAGUGGUCCAUCAAGGGUUCGACUUCAACGCCGGCGAUUCCGACGAGUACCACAGUGACAAAUGGGAAGAUUCAACGUUUUGCGAUUUUUCUGAUUCCGAAGACGAAUGGGGCGCUUUGCACCAAUCGAAAAAUUCCAGGUCCAAACAGACGAACCAUGCCCCAUCCAAGCUGUCCGAACUAGAGAAACAAUCUAAAGAAAAAAACAAAACGCCCAAAAGACGUUUGCAGAAGAACAAUAGCGUGGACGACGUUGCCGACAAUCCCGACGCGCCGUUCGAGGAACCGACAAACAAAAAGUGUAGAAACGGAAUGGUUAAGAACAGCCGGCAAAACGUUAUUGGACCGAGCGAGUCCAACGACAACGAAGCGGAGAGUCCGAUAGAAGACCGAAGACACGCUAGUUUAAAAGCCGACGGUGCCGGGGCAAUGACAGUCCAAGUCAAAACCGAAUAUUCGGCUACGAAAAACAUAUUGAAAGGCGUUAAAACCGAACCGUCGACCGAUGACGGCCAACGUGCAGUGACCAUCGGAGCAGAUGCGUUGCCGACUAAACAUUUACCGAUGCUGAUUACUAAUGGUGUGGACGGCGUCGAUAGCUCUCGGCAGGCAUCGGACGGACCAGUAACGAAAAAAUAUAAAAACGAUAUUAUCAGCGACGACAACCAAAACGAAUUGAGUGUAUUCGACGACAAAGAAGACAUUGUGGUAUUGUGUAAGGAACCGACGAAAGACCAAGACCCACUACCAAAGUCUGAUGGCAAAACUUUGGGAGUUGGCGAUGAUGGUAAAGAAUCAAUUGGCAAAAAAUCGGGCCAAGAGAUGUUAAACUUAAAAGACAACGAAGUCAUAGCGUUGGACGACGAAAAUUCCAACGAUUCGAUCACAGUGAAACCCGCUAACGAAACGAACAAUGUUAUUGUCAUUGAAGACGAAGACGAUAAAAUUGUUAUCAGUGACGAUGAGGAAGAAGAUGAUGUACAAUUUGUGUCGGUCACUACGAACACAAUAGCUACUCUUCCGAAAAUCUCAUCGGUCAUGUCUAACAGAAACAUAAGUCAAACCCCCCCGCGCCGUAGUCCUGUAGUCAUCAACCGCAACAGACGUCAAGUUCAACAAGCUUCCAAUGGUGUUUCCGUGCCAAGGCUUUCGCCUAACGUCACGGUUAUGCCGGCCAACGUCAGUCUUCCAAAGGGAAUUCAAGUCUCCGUGGUGAGAAAACCUCAAUCCACAAUACCGUCUCACUUCAACAUGACCAAGAGACACUCAACGACCAACCGAGGAGUCAAUGGCCAUACUACGACCAACAACAAUUCGUCGCAUGUCAACGUAAAGUGCAAAGUCAUUUCUAAACCGAAUUACAACGGUGAAGUCAAGUUUUACGUUAGUCUGCCCAACGGUAACCAUCAUCCGGUGUCCGACGAGUUGAUCAAUCAAUACCUGAGAGAGCACAACAACAGAUUACCGGAUUACUGGUUGGUACCGUUGUCCAGAGACGUUGCAAAGCAAUACGGUUAUUAAGUUUUUCAGCUUAAACCAUGAUGGCAUGCAGCAAUGUUAGUAGAAAAAAAAAACCAAACCAAGAAAAAGAUUAUUUAUUUCUACUGCUUUUUUUUUUAAAUCUACAAGUAUAUAUUAUAUAUGAUAUAAAUAAUGGUUAAAACUUUUUUUUUUUUGUAAUGUUUAAUUGUUUUUUUAUAAAUGUCUUUAAUAGUUACGUACCCACGAAAACAAUUUUUUAUUGUUAAAAAAAGAAAAAUAAUGAUAAGAGACUGAAUUACAUUUUUUUAUACUAUUUUUUUUAUUGCUUGUGAUGUCUAGAAUCCUAUUCUUAAAAUACUGUACAUACCUAUUAACUAUUAAUUUAAUUGGCUAACCCAAAAAGUGAUUUUC